AUGUAGACAGCGGCUACAAACAUUUGUGAAAGAAUGGGUCGCUCUCAGGAGCUCAGUAAAUUCGAGCGUGGUACUGUGAUAGGUUGCCACCUGUGCAAUAAGUCCAUCCGUGAAAUUUCCUUGCUACUAAAUAUUCCACACUCAACUGUUAGUGGUAUUAUAAUAAAGUGGAAGCAACUGGGAACAACAGCAACUCAGCCACAAAGUGAACAGGAUCAGCGUAUACUGAAGCACACAGUACGCAGAAGUCGCCAACUGUCUGCAGAGUCAAUAGCUAAAAACCUCCAAAUUUCAUGUGGCCUUCAGAUUAGAACAACAGUGCAUAGAGAGCUUCAUGCAAUGGGCUUCCGUGGC